AUGGCAUCGUGGGACAUCCCAUUUUCGAUCAGCUCGGCUGACCUGGAAUCUUUCCACUCAGCGCACUUUCCUGAGGCUCCCAUUCCCGUAAUAGCUCUCCAAGCUCUAGAAUCGCGCGUUCCGGAAGCUCACGAACUCGGCGAAGACGAUGACUGGCUAGGUCAUUAUCCGGACGGCGUGAAGCGGACCGUUACGGAUGAUGAGGUUGCCAUCUUCCGUCACAGCGAAAUACAAGGGCUUCUACGCCAACGGAGGCAGGCUGCCGAGAACGAACAGGAUGGUCGGCUCGAACAGUCCAAGGCGGAUGGUACCGAUACCACUUCGGGAAGACCUGAGAAACCAUCCCAUUUGAGGAAAGAAGCGACUGUACCGCAUAGUCCCGCAUCAUCAAGCUCGGGUCGACAGGGCAGGAAGAGGAAGCAUAAUCAAACCCAACGAAAAGCACGCAAGCGGACCGGAUAUGAAGAUCGUGGAGAUCCUGACGGCCGGACUUUCCGACGCAUCGCUCGCGAGAUGGAUGAAUUGAAUGCGGAGGCUGUGGAUCUUGACUAUUGA